AUGGGAGACCAGCAAAAGGCUUUAACAAAGUGGGUACAGAUUCUUAUAGAAUCUGAAAUGCAUGGAGUUAAUGAAGUUACUAUCCAGAAGGCAUUAAGCUAUUUUAUGAAGAUGUUAUCUGGACGCUUUGGCGCCAGAGUGACUGAUGAAAAAGUUAUAAAAAAUUAAUUGAUAAGACAAGCGAAAACAAAUCAGUAACAAUUAAGAGUGUAGGAGCUGUUAAAUAAAUUAGAUAAGUACCCUGCUGCUAUUUAAAAUAAAUCAGCGAUUCUUCAUUUAUUAUUUGCACUCUCGAAUAGCGCUGAAAUUAAACAGCAUUUUGAUAAUGUGGAAGCUCUGUUUAAAAAUAAUAAUUAGGGAAUUAACACCACCAUGGAAAUAGAAAAUAAUACAACAAUGAAUACUUUAGCUAAUAACUAGUCUAAUACUUUUAACUAAACUUAGAAGUCUUUUUUAGGCUAAAGUAACAUUUAGUUCUUACAAACAAUAAAAAAGAUUAGCAACAAAGGUAAUCCUAACAUAGAUCUAACUGAAAAAGAUUUGAUUAGGGAUCUUUUGUUUACUUUUCAAGCUAUUGAUGGCCACUAUAUCACUCUUAAUAAAUAAGAAGACAAGUUUAUGCUUAAAAAUAAUGUUUCUGUAUCUGAUCCAGUUAGAGAAAUGGUUAAUAAAUUAGCUAGUAUGGGAGAUUUAUUUAGAAAGAUAUAAAUAUACUUAUAAGGAGAACCUUAAGGAUAGAUUCGUUAAGCACUUCACUAAGCUAUUAGAGAUGAAUUAAAUGAGUAUUAUAGAUUGAUAGCAAUUUUUGAAAAUGAAUUAAAUGCUUCAUAUAACAAUUAAAUCCUUUCCUAAAAUAAUUAAUCCUUGCUACUAAGCUAAGCUUCCUAUCAAAAUCCAUAAUAAAAUAAUGAAAAUAACUAAAAUAGUGUAAAUCUUUAAAAUGGAUUUAAUCCUAAUUAAUUUACUUUAAGAAAAUUGUAGUUAUGGGUAAUUGAACCUAUGGAAAGAUUGAAAUGGUUAGCUAUCAUAUGUGAUGCAACUAAAGGAAUGAGCGGAUUUUAAGUAAUAUCUGCUGUCAAUGCUUACGAAACAUAAGGAAGUCCUCCUAUCUAGUAGCUAAUUAGCAGAAUCCUCCAAAGUAUCGUUUAGCCUUUCAUUAAAUAUGUUAACUCAUGGGUUUACAAUGGAGAAUUAAGUGAUCCAUUAGGAGAAUUUUUUGUAACAGAAAAUGUAGGUGAAGCUGAUAUUUGGAAUAAAAGAUAUUCUAUGGUAAUAAAAUAAAUUCCUAACAUCAUAGACAAACAUAAUGCAAUUACAAUUUUUAACAUUGGUAGAAGUGUCAACUUUCUACACAAAUCAUGUAAAUCCAGUGACUGGAAGUUAAACUUAGCUCCUUGCAAUUUGAAGAUUGUUGAUAAAAAAAGUUUUGAUGUUUUUAAAUAGUGGAUUUAUGAGGCUGCAUUGUUAACCAACAACAGAAUAGUUAAUAUUUUGGUUGACAGAUACUAGCUAAAGUAGCAUUUAUUGAACAUAAAAAGGUAUAUUUUAAUGGGAUAAGGUGAUUUUAUUUAGUCACUUAUGGAAGUACUCUCUGAGUAACUCUCUAAAAAUGCAAACGAAAUACAUCGUCAUAAUCUUUUAUCUAUUCUCGAUGGUGUGAUAAAAGGAAAUAGUAAUGCCUUUUAAGAAAGCAGCUAAAGAUUAGAUAUUAAAUUGUUAGAGGCCUCUCCUGGAGAUAAAGGUUGGGAUAUCUUUACUUUGGAUUAUAAUGUAGACUCUCCUAUAGAUACUAUAUUGUCUCCAUCCGUGAUGAGAAAUUACCUAAAGAUAUUCAAUUUCUUAUGGAGAGUACGUAGAGUUAGUCACUGCUUGUCUUAAAUUUGGUUGGAUCAUAUGAAGUCUGCAAAUCUAAUUGGAAGAGAAAGAUCUCAUGAACCUAUUUCCAAACUCAUGAAAAAGUUUAAUAUACUCCGUCAUUAAAUGACCCAUUUCAUAAAUAAUUUAACUUGCUAUAUCAUGGUAGAUGCGAUUGAAACAACUUGGAAGCAAUUCCUUGAUGAUUUUGAUAAAACCAAGGACUUUGCAGAAAUCAUUUAGACUCACAUAAAUUUUGUAUAGUCCGUCUUAGAUAAGUCUCUCUUAACAGAUAAGAAUAUUAAUAUUUAUAGACUAAUGAAUUCUCUAUUUAAUUUGAUUAUCAAAUUUAGAAAUACUUAAAUGAUUAUAUUAACUGAAAUUCAAGAAGAAUAUGAGCGUAUCAGAGCUAUCAAAAAUACAAAUAAGCAAAAAGCUAUUCUCAGUGAGUUUGGUCACGAUUUUUCACGUAAUAAAGAUUUUGAUUAGGAAGAUGAUGAACAUGGUAGCGGUAGCGAUCAUUAGCUUGAGUCUGAAGACUUUUAAAUUCCUUAGAAUGCAAAUUAAUUUAACUAAAUUUAAAAAGAUUUUCAAAAGUAAUUUACAGAAUUGUUAAUAUUACUUAAAAAAGAAGACAAGCUCCGUUUCUUGAGUUUUAAGUUAGAUUUCAAUGAAUAUUAUAAUUCAAGAUAGAAUGAAUCUCUAGCUAAUUUUGGAUAAGACUAACUAAAUAAAUACUCAGCCAGUGGUACAUUAAGGAUGUAAAAUUUUAACGUAAAAGUUAAUAGCAAUUAAGGAAGCAGCUAAAAUCUUGGUGGUGAAAUCCCUACUUACAACAAUAACACAAAGCUUUUUAAUUUAGGUCCCCACAGCAACAGCUUACCUCCUAACAGGGAAACUUCUUAAUUCUUUAAACCUGAUGUUAACACGGCUAUUCCUAAGCCUAAUAACUUUGGAGCUGAUUUAAACACCAAAGACAGCUUCUUCUCUGCCUUAUCAAAUAAUAACAAUUUAAAGAAUAGCGGAUUUAUCAAAAAAGACUCAUCGUUCCUCCAAAAUAACUCCUUGUUCAAUUAGGAUCAAUCUUCUAUUGCUAACAACAGCAAAAAUAAUCUAAAUAAAACAAAUCUAACUGGAUUUAGCAAUCUUGAUAUUAACAGCUAAAAAUCUUUGAAUAACUUCUUUUAAGGUAAAAGUAAUGCCAGUAUAAAUCUUACCCAAAAAUAAGAUUUCUUCAAACCUUCUUCUGGUAUGCCUUCAAAUAGAAGCUAUAAGACUGUUGAAAGCAACUUUACAAAGAUGGAAGAAGAGUAAAAUGCAGAUAGACAAAAUGCUUAUUAAGCAAACUUAUUCUCUAAAAAUAAUCCAUUCAGCAACAACUUUACAGGAAUGGAUUCAGAAGCAUUUAAGUAAAGAAUAAAUAAUCAACAGCAAAUCUCUAAUGAAGAUUAUCUAAGAUAAAAUAAAUUGCCACAACCUUAAUAGAACAAUUUCUUUUAAGCUUAAAAUAAAACACAACAACAAAGAAUUAACAGCAGAAACAAUUUAUCAAGACAAUAAGAAGGGGAUGAAGAAGAAGACUAAAAAUAUUAAGAUUCAGACUAGAAAAAUUAUAACUCGUCUGAUAUGUACAAUAAAGAUGAUCAGGAUGAAUAAUACGAGUAAGGAGAACAUGAAGAAUACGAAGAUUAAUAUGAUGAUCAAUAUAUCAACGAUCAGUAUUAGCAAAAUGAUGAAGAAGAUGAUCAGGAAGAUCACAAUUAAUCUAACUACGAAUGA